AUGAGCAACUCCGGCCGCCGCAGCGAUGACCUCCCGAGGCGUACUUCAACCCAGCAUGUACCCAUCAGGCCCAUCAUCGAUCAGGCCCGCAUCCCAUCGCCAGCUCCGACGCCAGCCCCGAACGAUUCCUCCGACAGUCUCGACACGACGGGGAUCCCAAUGUCCUCACCAGACGACAAUCAUGGAAAAAUGAAGUUUUUACGGCCCUUGCUGACUGAUGUGUCACUGUUCACAAACCCGUGUCUCGGCGGCCCGGAGAAUGAUGGUACGACCCUAGAGGAGCUAGCCCACCUUGUGCGUCUGUGCAAGUACCAGGAGCGCAAGCGCGCAAAUACAAGAAUCCGCCUGCAAAGAAGCCUGGUGUCCACUGCGCUCUCCGCCCGACUGAUGAGGUGUGGUGAGAUGGCCUAUCGCAACCUAGUUGACAGCUUCCGUGGAGAUGACAAAAAGACCUUUGCAGCCCUGUACAACGCUAUCAUCGAUGUUCGGAGAAGUUGCGACGAGACCCGUCGCUAUGCCCUGUUGGAGCCAGAAAUGGAGAUGCUACAGGGACCUGGCCUGGUCUCAACUGAUAGUUUGGAUACUCCUACCGGGUCGGCUACCAACACCAGCGCCUCUCCUGCCGCUGGGGUUCCCUUUUUGAACGAGCUCUCUGCUUCAGCCCGGGAUACCUUCCUAAACUUCCUUAAUCAGAUCAGGACUAACCCAGACUAUUUGGCUACGCGCAUUGCGUCUUUGAACCAGUCUGAACUUGCGGCGCUUACCAGUUUCCAUCAAACGCUAGAGCCCAUCGAGUCCGUUCUCCCUUACCACAGUAGCCGGCCGUCGGGGCGCGCCCCAUCAGGCGGCUCUGUCUUCUCCGGUCCCAGCAGCAUGUCCGGCUCUGCGUUUGGCGGUACCAUCGCAGCCGGGUUGCAGGGAAAGGAGCGCAGUGCUAUAGAGCGCCUCCUUUCAUUCCAGCGUCAUGACCCUAUUUCGGCCCUGAUCCAUACAUGCUUUGCUAAUUCCGCAGGCCCUGAUAGCGCAGAGGACAAGCGCAGAACCGUGGCCUGGGCCACUGCAUGCGCCCGCUUGAUUUCCACGCCGACAACUGGUAGUGAACAUACCAUCAUUUCGGUGCUUAAUGUUUGGAUUUCGAUGCGUGACUGGGCUGGCAAGUCCAACAUGGAAUGGUAUCUCAUGAAAAUCCUUGAGGACGGAGCCUUCUUGCUUGACCGUGCUGAAGACCAACAUGGGACCCGCUUUAAUCUCUCGGAUUGGACCUCCAAGGAUCAGAUCGCUGCCGAGGAGUUCUACACCAGGGCCGUUGACGAGCUUUUUGAGGUCAUUGAUGACGAGGACGACACCGGCAUUCCCGAGGGCCUGAUCGAGCUCGGAAACGAGAUUCUGAAGCGCCUGGACAAGAAAUAUGUCGAGAGCACCCGCCGGUGGCUCGUUGCCAAGUACCUAUUCACAACCUGGUUGCUCGGUGUUGUCAUCCAUCCGGAAUCCUACGGCAUGAUGGCCGAAUACCAUAUCACUGAAUAUGGCCGGCAAAAGAUUCUAAAGACCGUGGCCAUGAACGCUCAGAAAUAUGUGGUUGAUUUGCUGCAGAGCAAAACCCCAGUGUCAACACCACCCAAAGUCAAAGGCCACAUUGAAAGCAUCUACGGCCGUUUCAAGGAUUCCUCAAAGUUCCGGAGGAAGCCGCGUCUCCUGCCGGCACGGUCAAUUACCUCGCUCCGGGAAACGGCCGAGGUCCAUCCUUAUCUGGUGAUCAGUCCCGCGGACCUUGCCACGUUGGUCAACGCUCUGUUUCCUGAACGCAGGCCGCUAUCGUCGCACUCGGGCGGCCGACGGUCCGGCGCACCCUCCGUGUCUGGAUUUUCUGCCAUCUCACAGCCAUUGUCUAUAAGGACGGUGCCGAGCAACUUUGACACCAUGUCCGUCAUCAGUACCAGCGCUGAGUCGUUCAUCAGCGAUGCUACUACCUCUAGGGAGCCGCUUUUGGAAGAGGGCAGUCCGCCCCGUUACUCCCCUCCAGCUCAGGACCCAAGUCUACAGAAACAAUCACAUAGAUACGAAGAAGACGGCUACCGGCUGCGUCUGGCGAUGCAUGAAAUGACGCAAAUCUUGGGCCAAGAUGUUGUGUACGGCUCGUGCCACCCAUGCGCCGAAAGAUGGGCUGUGUUGUUCAUUUCGGCCGAUGGAAACAAGCUCUCUACCCAGAUGACAUUCGAUCCAGACGAUGAGCUCGACGAGGACGAGACUUCGUCCAACACAAGCGACACCGAAGGCGAGUCAUCUGCAGAUGAUCGGCCGGAACUGGACAAGGACUAUCACCAGCUACGCGAUUCUAUCCUCAAGCUUGUCCAGGAGUACGAGAUCCCCCAGAGCCUUGAAGGCGACAGCGCCAGGCAACAGACCUUUAGCAACCGCGCUUCAAGCUUGAAGAAAUACCGCUCAAAGAAUCGUAUCAUCACCCCCAUGGCGAGCCGAAAUCCUUACCGCCAGCGGGCAGCAAGCAUCGCGAGCAGCAUCGCCGACAGCCCUCCCAGAAGCUCCAAAGGGAAAGACCCAGAACAAGGAGCAGAGUCAUCAUCGCCGCUCAUCACCAUGCUGACCGCAGCCUGCUCGCAGUCUCGAGCCCAAUCUGAUUUUGUUUCUGCUCACCUAUAUUGGAGAACACUGCAGCAACUCAAUGCGGUGACAUCCGAGUCCCUUCGCCGUAACGGUUAUGCUGCCUUGCUUAAUAUAUUCUCCCGUGGACCGCGUGACUCGAUCCGCCGGUCAGCCGCCGCUAUCGAGGAGUACGAUGCCUGGCUUGUAUGGCUCAAACAAAGCCAGGAGCGGGCUGAAGGCCUUAUUGAAAGCAUGAUGCGCCGCUUACGAGCUCUGCGAGACAAGAUGUGGUACGUUACUGACGUUCGCAAUUCGGCGCCGUAUGAGGACUCGCGGAAUGUUGCUGUUGCUUUGAAGACAAUGGGCACGCCCAGGCGGUGGUCUUCUUUUCAACGCAUCAAGAGCCAUAUGCAAAGGGGUCCUGCCUCGAAUUACAUUUUCAGGACUGAGUCCCAAAUCCUCGACCUCUUGGCAGCACCAGAAGACCAAGGCGGCCCAAACAAGCUUCGUGACGAGCAAGUAGAAAAAACAGCCCGUUGGUUACAACAAUAUUCUGUCGAAAACUUCUGCCAGGGCGAAGAGCGUAUACACCGGUUUUGCCAAGAGGUGGAUAAUUGUAUCAGCAAAUUGGUCGGGGACAGCAUCAUUGACGGUCCAGUGUUGUGGUCAAGUGAACUCUAUGCUCGAGAUCGCCGCACGUUUGAGACAAACAAGAACAUGAGAGAUCGGGACAGGGACAACCAGUCUGUUUGGGACGAUUCAGUCAGUGUCAUUAGCGAUCCCGAGCGGCGGUUUGUCUCUGUAAGCCGCCCGCCGUCUAUUAUCACCAGAGAUCUGCGGGCCAUGUCAGGGCAGAACAUGAGCCAAAUGUCAUUUGACUCUGGCAGCCGGUUCAGUUUCUCUCGAGCCAGCACGGCGAUGUCCGAAGUACUUGACGGGCCGGAAUACUUUGGCGCGUCGUCUCCGGUCCACCAGAUCGACCCCAACGCGACAUUCUGGUCGCCGUUCCAGCAUCAAGCCACCUCUCCAACUGCCACAUCAAGAGCGCACUCGCCAACAACCAGUCUGACUAACCUGUCGGGCUCUUUUCACCCCCCGCAUCACAACCAACUCCACUCGCAGCCUCAAUCCUCCACCGGCCGGCCGGGCACAUCGACAUCAUCAAACGAGACAGUCUAUCAGCAGCGACUAUCAGAAGAAAAGGCUCGCUUUCUCACCGAACUGAGGCAGACUCUGACAAGCCUUCUACUCUCCGACCUAGGAAACCUUGUUUUUGCACGCGGAUCAGAAACGGACGCGUGGUUUGAGGGCCUGGGUCAGGAGUGCAUCGACCGCCGAGAGGCAAUCCAGCGCCAUGCGCGUAAAGCCCUGGCCAAGGAAAAGCGGAGAUCUGCCAAGCCCGGUAUCAAGUUGCACCUUCUUGAGAGGAGGCGUAGCUUCGGCGAGCUGAGAGGAGCAAGCGGCAAUGACACCUUAAGCGACAAGGCCGUGUCUGACAGCCAGAGCCUGGGACCAGAAGCAGCCGGCGGCAGUCGCCAUGGUGGCAGCGUCCACGGCGGUAGCGUCCAUGGCAAUGAGAGCUCUGCCACCAGCGACACCAUAUCGGCUCAGAAAAAGACCCCGGAGUCAAGGAAAGCAUCAUUGCCGGACUUUCCUUUUACCAAGGCUUACCAGAGAUUGUUAAAAAUGUUUUGUGUUCACCCGAAUCCGUAUAUCAAACUUAACGCACUGUUUGAACUCGAGCAUCUGAUUACGGCCUCUUUGAACUCCGGGUCUCGGCGAGCUCGGCUGGCCUGGGCGCGGUCUGAGCUGGGCUCAGCAUCCUCGGCCACUGAUGAGCAUGGGGCCGGCGUCGGGACAGGCCGAUCUCACCAACUGGAAGAAACGAUCGAUAACGUUAAGGAGCGCCGUUCACACACGCUUUUACAAGCGCCCGCGUUUGGCACAACUGCUCAUGGUCAAUCCGGACGGGCGCCUGGUGGAGGAGGCAACAUGGAAACCCGCUCGGUGGUGUCCGUCCAUCCUGCCAACACAGACGCCAUCGCAAACAUACUCCAAUCUCUCUUCCGGGAUCCAUCCCUUCGACCAAAGACACUUUUCCGGGAUCUUCAGUUCAUUUCCGCAUUUGUGCCACCAACCAUCCUAGACAAAACGGAACGCGGAAAAGCAUUCUGGGACGCGGGGCUCGCAGCGCUGGGCUUGAAGCAAGAGGUCUGCCGGACCAUGGUCGAAGUCGCAGAUGAUAUCGUCAAGAAUUUCACGCAAUCGCGGAAUGGUGGGCCGAGCGGCAUUGGAAAUAAUGGUAAUAACAACAACAGGCCAGGGACAAGCAGCACUGUGUCUGACUCGGCCGCGGGCACUCCAACCACUCCUGGAGCUGCCGAGGCGUUCGCACCACCUUCGUCUCCGCCCUCGCCCCUCCCCAUGACUUCGUAUUCCCUCGCGGAUGCCGCCCGGAUGUGGACCAUCACGGCCAAGGAAGGCGAUCCCACGGCGCAGCGUGAGCUCGCCAUCUUUUACCUGUCGAAUCCUGAGCUUGUGGAGCGCACAACCUUGCCGCUGAGCAAGCCGCGCGAGGUCUUUAAGCAGGCCGUCAUCGAGAAAUACGGGGGCGGCCGAUCAUCCGGCCCUGCCGGCUCGGGAUCUAGCAGCAGGUAUCACCAGGGCAUCACCUUCCAGCAGCUGCGAGGAACCCAAGUGGGGCAAUCGGGAAGCGGUGGUGUCGGUGGUGGCAGCGGCGUCGGCGGCGCUGGGUUGGGAGGAGGACAGGGGCCGGGCAUGAGCGUGGGUGGAGAUGUGCGUAGUGACCCGGCGCUGAUGUGCGUCGCGAUCCACUGGAUGGAGGCCGCUGAGCGUGGAGGGGACGAGUUGGCGAGGACGUUCAUGGCGCAGAACGAGAUUGGAGCCGGGCUGAUGGGUAAAUGA